GGUUCAUUGAGAUUUGAGAAGCGCACAAUUUUAUGCCCUGUGUAUAAAUAUGUUCAGAAAAAACAGAUUGGAGACAGCGUCGCCCUUGCCUUUCGCCCUCCCGCUGCUCUCCACUUGCAGCGGCAGACACAGCUUCGCUGCGACCCCAAUCUGCAGCAUCUCCUACUACACCGCCGCAGUCGCCGACGACUGCCCCACCGAAAGCAAAAUCCUCGCCGCCUUCUCCAUCGUCACCGUGGAGACGCGGAGUAUCAACUUGCUCAACUCGAGAAAUUGUCAGAGGGACCUGGUGGUGGCGAAAGACGGGGAUUGGGAGAUGGGAUUGGCUUUUGAAUUAGGAGAUGGGGAUUGGAUCGUGAGGAUGAGUCUCGGAUUAGGGUUAAAGAGGGGAAGGCAUAUUUGAGUCUGUUUUCGGAUUGAAUUUGUGUUUUUGUUGGGUAUAAUUUUUGGGUGGGGUUGAGUCUGGUUUGAUUAGGUAUAAUUGGUUUGGUUUAUUGAAUUUUUUAAUAUUAUUUGUUGAUGACAUGACGUGCUGAUUGAAGUAAACUAACGGAGUUUUGGAUGGAGAUGGACGGAAUUACUUUUUUGUUAUUAGUCCAAACAUAUGUUACUGAAACAUGCAAAAUUAAAAGUUUGUGAUCGUUUUGUACAAAGUGAAUAGUUUUGUGACCGUUUAUGAUAAUUACCCCAAAUAUAGUAGAUGAUCAUGGACUAUAUUACUUAAACUGUGGGAACAUGGAUCAUUCAUUAGUAACCAGAAGUUUGUGUCACUUAAAUAUCAUGAACUGGAAGCCAAGUCUAAAUUUACUAAUAAAGUACCAUAUUCAAU